CUGAGUGGGAGCCAAAAAAAUUGUUUAUUGUUUUGAGCAGGAGUCAAACUUCACACUUCUGCUCCUGGAGCUGAACUUUCCCAGACACAGAGGGGAGAGAGAGAGAGGGAGAGAGAGAGAGAGAGAGAGGGAGUGUGUGUGUGUGUGUGUGUUUGCUGGGUCCUGACACACACUGAUGGCCUGUGAGAAUCUGCAGAGGUGUCACUUAGCACCUCCGUGGCCUGGCCUGGAUUUAUAAAGCAGUGCGGAGGAGCAGAGCAGCACACACGGCCACAGAGCUUCUCCUCUCAGACCACUGAGACCUUUCACACAACAUGGAUACCUCCUCGCUGCCACUGCUCAACUACGACCUCCAGUACCAAUGGUGCUCCGACUCGGACCUGUCCAGCAUCUCCUCCCCAGAAUCCCUCUCCCCCGUUCACUCUAUGGACUCCAGCCUGUCUCCGCCUGACCAGCGGCCGGCGCAGUCCACCCCAAGGAAGGCCAAGUCUGGAUAUUCUCCGAGCCUCGGAUCGUCGCCUCACUCCCUGUCGGGACGCGGCCGGAAGUCGGGCCGGGCGCCAAGAAUCCGCAGCAAACAGAGACAGAGCGCGAGCGAGAAGGAGAAGCUGAGGAUGAGGGUUCUGACCAAGGCCAUGCACCACCUCCGCUCCUACCUGCCUCCCUCCGUGGCCCCGGCCGGGCAGACGCUGACAAAGAUCGAGACCCUGCGCCUCACCAUCCGCUACAUCUCCUUCCUGUCCGCCAAGCUGGGCCUCGGCGCCAAGUCUGGAUAUUCUCCGAGCCUCGGAUCGUCGCCUCACUCCCUGUCGGGACGCGGCCGGAAGUCGGGCCGGGCGCCAAGAAUCCGCAGCAAACAGAGACAGAGCGCGAGCGAGAAGGAGAAGCUGAGGAUGAGGGUUCUGACCAAGGCCAUGCACCACCUCCGCUCCUACCUGCCUCCCUCCGUGGCCCCGGCCGGGCAGACGCUGACAAAGAUCGAGACCCUGCGCCUCACCAUCCGCUACAUCUCCUUCCUGUCGGCCCAGCUGGGCCUCAGCGAGGAGGUGCUGUUCCAGCAGCGUCGGGAACAGGGAGACCCGUCGGCCAGCGACACCUCCUCACCUGACAUCCACAGCUACCUCCAGGCAGGGAACACCGGGGGCCCGGAACCUCAGCUUCAGAACCAAAGCCCAGGGCAGAGCUUGUACCCCGAGCAGUGUUACAACCACAACGCCAUGGUGCAUCAUGGGAGCUGUAGUUUCAGAGUGGAUCAGUACAACGGGCAUUACAGUGGAGCUGCUCAGGGAGACGUCAGCGUGGACGCCAUCCUGCAGUCUCCUCCAUCCACACAGGCCUCCUAUCAGGUCAGUCACCAUGAACUACUGCUUGUUUUUUUUUUUUUUGUUUUUUUUACUCCUACAUUUGCAUUUCUGUCACAUUUGCACCAAUGCUAACGCGUGUCCCGUCUUCUCUUCUACAGAUGUAUGGACACGACUUCAGCCUCCCGUUAGCCUCGAGAGACUACUGGUGCUGAGGAAAACCACCGACUCCAACAACAGACACAGACUACUUCAGUGUUCCUACUGCCUCACUGUGAAUCCAA